CACAAUGGCGUCUCCUCCUCCAUCAUCCACCGUGAUCCAGAUGCCUCCAAGUCCACAAACCAACGGCCAGCCGACGGCCGGGACAGUCCCGGCCAUGCCUAAUGAUGCCGGUGACGUGACCAUAGCACCUGCAGCAGCUGCCGGACCAGCAUCCAAGGCAACGGACAAGGUCAUGUCGAGCGCCGCGAACCUCGCGCAGCUCCUGCCGACGGGCACAAUGCUCGCGUACCAGGCUCUAUCCCCGUCCUUUACCAACCACGGCAAGUGCGAGGCCUCCAACCAGUGGCUCACCGCCGCGCUGGUCAUCAUCCUCGCCGCCCUGUGCAUCCUCUUCUCCUUCACCGACAGUGUCCUCGGCCGCGACCAGAAGCUCUACUACGGCGUCGCCACACCACGCGGCUUCAACGUGUUCAAUUUCUCCGACGAAGAGGAGAAGCUGAAGUGGACUCCAGCUGAGUUCCGGAGGCUCCGCAUCAGGCCACUGGACUUUUUGCACGCCAUCUUCACAGCGCUGGUCUUUCUCACCGUGGCGUUCAGCGACGUGGGGCUACAAAAUUGCUUCUUCCCCAACGCCGGCAGGAACACCGCAGAGCUGCUCAAGAACCUGCCGUUGGGCAUCGCAUUUCUGUCGAGUUUUGUGUUCAUGGUCUUCCCCACAAAGAGGAAGGGCAUCGGUUACACCGACACCACUCCUCGCAAGAAGCUCACUUGAUGUUUAGAUGAUCAUAUCACCUUUUUUUUGGACAAUUAGAUUACAACGUAAUCACGAUAUAUUUUAACUUGUGAUUACUUUAUUUUUGAGAAAUAUUUGUGUAUUGUUUAGUUUGU